CUGGGGCAGAGGCAAAGACCUUUACAGGAGCAGAGGAGUCGGGAAUUAACCGAGGCCAGCGGAGCCAGGGCCUCCGGGUGCUGCUGGACCCGAAGCAGGGGCCAUGCUAUCUGGUGAACGCAAGGAGGGCGGAAGCCCCCGCUUCGGGAAACUCCAUCUCCCUGUGGGCCUGUGGAUCAAUUCCCCCAGGAAACAGCUGGCCAAGCUGGGGCGGCGCUGGCCCAGCGCUGCCUCUGUCAAGUCUUCGUCUUCCGACACGGGGAGCCGCAGCAGCGAGCCGCUGCCCCCGCCCCCUCCGCACGUGGAGCUGCGGCGGGUGGGCGCGGUGAAGGCCGCGGGGGGCGCCUCGGGGAGCCGCGCCAAGCGCAUCUCGCAGCUCUUCCGGGGUUCCGGGACCGGGACGACGGGGUCUGGGGGUGCUGGAGGUCCCGGGACCCCCGGGGCCGCGCAGCGCUGGGCCAGCGAGAAGAAGCUACCGGAGCUGGCGGCGGGCGUCGCCCCAGAGCCGCCCCUGGCCACGCGCGCCACGGCGCCCCCGGGGGUGCUCAAGAUCUUCGGCGCGGGGCUGGCAUCCGGUGCCAACUACAAGAGCGUGCUGGCCACGGCGCGGUCCACGGCGCGCGAGCUGGUGGCAGAGGCGCUGGAGCGCUACGGGCUGGCCAGCAGCCCCGGCACCGGCCCGGGCGACGCCAGCUGCGUGGACGCCUUCGCGCUGUGCGACGCGCUCGGCCGGCCUGCGACGGCCGGCGUCGGGGGCGGCGAGUGGCGGGCGGAGCACCUGCGCGUGCUGGGCGACUCGGAGCGCCCCCUGCUGGUGCAGGAGCUGUGGCGCGCGCGGCCCGGCUGGGCGCGGCGCUUCGAGCUGCGCGGCAGGGAGGAGGCGCGCCGCUUGGAGCAGGAGGCCUUCGGGGCUGCGGACGGCGACGGCACGGGCGCCCCCUCGUGGCGACCACAGAAGAACCGCUCCCGGGCAGCGUCCGGAGGGGCGGCUCUGGCCAGUCCUGGUCCGGGGUCCGGAUCGGGGACCCCGUCCGGGUCGGGCGGCAAGGAGCGCUCGGAAAACUUAUCCCUGCGACGCAGCGUGUCGGAGCUCAGCCUGCAGGGCCGGCGGCGACGGCAGCAGGAACGCAGACAGCAGGCGCUCAGCAUGGCUCCAGGGGCAGCUGACCCCCAGAUCGGACCUGUGGACCCUGGAGACUUCGAUCAGUUGACUCAGUGCCUCAUCCAGGCCCCCAACAACCGCCCCUAUUUCCUGCUGCUCCAGGGUUACCAGGACGCCCAGGACUUCGUGGUGUACGUGAUGACGCGGGAGCAGCACGUGUUCGGGCGCGGGGGCACCUCGUCGUCCCGCAGCGGGUCCCCGGCCCCCUACGUGGACACCUUCCUCAACGCCCCUGACAUCCUGCCACGCCACUGCACCGUGCGCGCAGGCCCCGAGCCCCCCGCCAUGGUGCGCCCGUCCCGGGGCGCCCCGGUGACGCACAACGGGUGCCUCCUGCUCCGCGAGGCCGAGCUGCACCCCGGCGACCUGCUGGGGCUGGGCGAGCACUUCCUGUUCAUGUACAAGGACCCCCGCGCCGGGGGGUCGGGGUCGGCCCGGCCCCCGUGGCUGCCCGCGCGCCCUGGGGCCACGCCCCCCGGACCCGGCUGGGCCUUCUCCUGUCGCCUGUGCGGCCGCGGCCUGCAGGAGCGCGGCGAGGCGCUGGCCGCCUACCUGGACGGCCGCGAACCCGUGCUGCGCUUCCGGCCUCGCGAGGAGGAGGCGCUGCUAGGUGAGGUGGUGCGCGCAGCGGCGUCCGGCGCCGGGGACCUGCCGCCCCUCGGGCCCGCCACGCUGCUGGCGCUGUGCGUGCAACACUCGGCCCGGGAGCUGGAGCUGGGCCACCUGCCACGCCUACUGGGCCGCCUGGCCAGGCUCAUCAAGGAGGCUGUCUGGGAAAAGAUUAAGGAAAUUGGAGACCGUCAGCCAGAGAACCAUCCCGAAGGGGUCCCGGAAGUGCCUCUGACUCCUGAAGCCGUGUCUGUGGAGUUGAGGCCACUCAUGCUAUGGAUGGCCAACACCACAGAGCUGCUGAGCUUUGUACAAGAGAAGGUGCUGGAAAUGGAGAAGGAGGCUGACCAGGAGGGCCUGUCCUCAGACCCACAGCUCUGCAAUGACUUGGAAUUGUGUGACGAGGCCAUGGCCCUUUUGGAUGAGGUCAUCAUGUGUACCUUCCAGCAGUCAGUCUACUACCUCACCAAGACUCUUUAUUCCACACUGCCUGCUCUCCUGGACAGUAACCCUUUCACAGCUGGGGCAGAGCUACCUGGUCCUGGUGCAGACCUGGAGGCCAUGCCUCCUGGCCUGAGACCCACCCUGGGCGUGUUCCAAGCAGCUCUGGAGUUGACCAGCCAGUGUGAGCUGCACCCGGACCUUGUGUCUCAGACAUUCGGCUACUUGUUCUUCUUCUCCAAUGCAUCCCUUCUCAACUCACUGAUGGAACGAGGUCAGAGCCGACCUUUCUACCAGUGGUCCCGAGCUGUCCAAAUCAGAACCAACUUGGAUCUUGUCUUGGACUGGCUACAAGGAGCUGGACUAGGUGACAUUGCCGCUGAAUUCUUCAGGAAACUCUCCAUUGCUGUGAACCUACUCUGUGUGCCCCGCACUUCCCUGCUCAAGGCUUCUUGGAGCAGCCUGAGAACUGACUAUCCAACUCUGACCCCUGCUCAGCUCCACCAUCUGCUUAGCCACUACCAGCUGGGUCCUGGCCGCGGGCCUCCACCCUCCUGGGACCCUCCCCCUGCCGAGAGAGAUGCUGUGGAUACGGGAGACAUUUUCGAAAGCUUCUCCUCGCACCCUCCCCUCAUCCUGCCCCUGGGCAGCUCGCGUCUGCGCCUCACCGGUCAGGUGACAGAUGAUGCCCUGCAUCGUGAACUGCGCAGGCUCCGUCGCCUUCUCUGGGACCUUGAGCAGCAGGAGCUUCCAGCCAAUCACCGCCACGGGCCUCCGGUGGCCACGCCUCCUUGAAAACCAAUAAUACGCGAGCGUGGGAACCUUGAAAGGAAAAAGGAAAGAUUCCUUGGGCUCUUACUCCUUUGGAGCCCCGCCUGGUCGCAGAGGUUUCUGGGAGUUGUAGUUCUUGCCUCCCGCGUGGACCACUGGGAGUUGGAGUUUUCGGGUAGUAGAGGAUGGGACAGCGGGAAGAUGGGCUUGAGAUGUCAGCCGCGCCGAGGAGCAAUAAAAGUAUCUGUUAUUGGCA